AUGGCAGCGCGGAAAAGCAAGAAGAGAACGCACGUCCAGAUCUCCGAGGAGGACAUGGACAAGAUCCCCAAGUCCAUGAUCUUCAAGAUGGGCUCCAAAAAGGUCGGCAGUGUCGCAGCGUCCCCGGCCUCUCAGCAUGCGCUCACACAACUAGUUCGAGACACUCGAUGUGCCAUGGAACCCCACACCGCCGGCAAACUGCGGGAGCGAAAGGGAAACAAGCUGCGGGACUUUGUGACCAUGGCUGGUCCUCUCGGAGUGUCACAUUUGAUGAUUUUCACCAAGGGAGAGUCUGGCAUGACUUCGCUGCGAAUGGCUCGUGUGCCUCGGGGCCCCACUCUGCACUUCAAGGUGUCGCAGUACUCGCUCAUCAAGGACGUUCGGAAGUUUGUGCGGUCGCCCAAGUCCAACGACGGCAAGCUGUACAAGCAGCCUCCUCUGCUGGUGAUGAACAACUUUUCUCUCAAGAGUGACGAUGCCACCAACCCCCACGAGACUCUGGUAACCCAGAUGUUCCAGAACAUGUUCCCCCCUCUGUCUGCGCAGAACACCAGAAUUCCCUCGAUUCGUCGGGUCGUCAUGCUCAACAAGGACAAGGAGACGGGCUCUAUCGAGUUCCGACACUACGCCAUCGACACCCGUCCGGUUGACGUGACCCGGGGCGUCAAAAAGCUCACCAAACUCAAACACAAGCUGCGAAAGAAGAUCCCCAACCUCAGCAAAAAGCAGGAUAUGGCCGACUAUCUUCUGGACCCCGAUGCCGGAGCCUUCACCUCCGAUUCGGACAUGUCCGAGGUCGAGGAGGAUGCCAUUGUCGACCUCAACCCGGACGACGACGACGAAAUGCCUCUUGAGGAGGGCCCUAGCAAACGGGCCGUCAAGCUCGUGGAGAUUGGUCCCCGAAUGACCCUCGAUCUCAUCAAGAUUGAGGACGGCGUGUGUUCUGGAAAGGUGCUGCAUCAUACUCGGAUUAAGAAGUCGGAGGCCGAGAUCAAGAAGCUGGAGAAGCGACAUUCGUCUGCCGCCAAGAUCAAGGCCGACCGAAAGGCCGAGCAGUUGGCCAACGUCAAGGCCAAGACAGAGAAGAAGGGACGAAUGGCAAGAGGAAAGGAAAAGGCCAAGCUCAAGGGAGAUGACGGUGAUGAGGAGAAUGAAGCUGGAGAUGAUGAGGACGAGGAGAAUGAAGCUGACCAGGAGGAUGAUGACGAAGAUGACGAGUAA